AACGUAAUAUACACGUGAAGCUGUGUGGCUACAGGCUACAGAACAACUUGUUCAGUUGUUUGGUUUAUUUUCUUGGUUUGUCUGCCUCUCUGUUUUUGGAUAUCAGGGAGGUGAAGAACGUUUAAAAGGUUUCGUUCUUCGUUAAAGUGAAGAAGCGACUGGCUGUUAAAUGCUGCCAGCUAGCUUCCUGCAAAGAGCAGCCAACAAGCUAACAUCAACAGCUAGUUGCUACAGCAACAUUAGCCUGCAGACAUAAAGUCACCUCAGCUCUUUACAGAUGGCUGCUGAUAGCGUGAAAAGUGAAGCUUCAGCCCAGCUGGAGAGUGAUAAUGGAGAUGCAAAGAGCAGCCAGAAAGCGGUGAGCAGUAACGGAGAAGCUGCAGCAGAAACUCUGUCCAAAAGGCAAAGGAAGAAGCUUCUGAAGCAGCAGAAAUGGGAAGAAGAGAGGGAGCUACGAAAGCAGAGACGAAAGGACAGGAAGCAGCAGCGUCGGCUGCAGAGGCAAAAUCAUCCGGAGGAGGAGGAGGGAGGAGAAGCCCAGAAUGUCCGGAAACGUCCGCGCAGAGAGGUGACGCCCAGCUCACUGAGGCUGGUGGUGGACUGCAGCUUCGACAACCUCAUGCUGAUCAAGGAUGUCCGGAAGCUUCACAAACAGAUCCAGCGGUGCUAUGCUGAGAACAGACGAGCCUUGCAUCCGGUGCAGUUUUAUUUGACAAGCCUGGGAGGACAGCUGAAACAGAGCAUGGAUGAAAAGGACAAAGGAUGGGUAAACUGGAAGGACAUUAGCAUUAAAGCGGAGCACUACAGUGACGUUGUGGCGAAGGAGGAGCUGGUCUACCUGACGUCCGACUCUCCCAACGUGCUGGAAGAGCUGGACCAAAAAAAAGCAUAUGUUAUCGGAGGCCUGGUGGACCACAACCACCAUAAGGGAAUCACCUUCGAAAGGGCGAAGGAGCUGGGGAUUGAUCACGCACAGCUGCCCUUGAGCAGUUUUGUUAAGAUGAACAGUCGGAAGGUUCUGGCAGUCAACCAUGUGUUUGAGAUCAUCCUGGCAUACCUGGAGAAGGGCAGCUGGCAGGAGGCCUUCUUCACCGUCCUGCCUCAAAGGAAAGGAGCAGUGGCCGUCGACCAGGACGGAACAGCAGUACAAGAAAAAGAGGAGGAAGAUUCAGACUCUGACUCUGACCUCGACACACCAGACCAAACUGAAAAAACUGCCUAAAACUUAGUUCACAUGGACUACUUCAAACAAAGUUCAGACAUCUGCUGUUAUGGCAAAAAUGCCUAGAUAUGUGAUGCUAAGGCUAUUCAUGAGAGAAUGUUUCUAUUAACAAAGAAUUUAUUUCUUUCAAAUUUCAAAAUGCUUAUCUAAUGUUUUUUAUUUUUUAAAAAGUUAUUUAUUGAAAGUUAUACUUUGUGCCUUCUGUAAUGGCUAAUGGCUUAGUUGAAGAUGUACAGCUAUUAUUUCACUUAAGAAAAUGAUUUAUACUUCAA